AUGAUGCUGGCCAUCAUGGAGCACGGCUGGACUGUGGCCCUGCCCCUCACUAUUAUCCUAUUUUCAUCGCUAGUCAACGCCCACAGUUGGGUUGAGGAGUUGACAGUGGUAUCGCCAAACGGGACUUUUACCGGGGCCAAGGGCUAUCCUCGAGGCAACGUCUUCCGAGUCCCGUCAUUCAACGACAAAAUGAUGCAGUGGCAGCUCCCGGAAAACAACGGCGACGAAAUCCUCCACAACAUGACCAUGUGUCGACCCAGCCAGCAGGAUUCCAACAAUACUGCAGACAGCCCAAGACUCCAAGCGGCCCCUGGUGACGUGGUUGCUAUGCGCUACCAGGAAAACGGCCAUGUCACGCAGCCGUGGAUCAAGAGCGGCAAGCCAGCGCAUAGCGGCACCGUCUAUGUCUACGGCACAGAGAAGCCGCGGGGAGACGACACGUUUUUGGCGAUUCACAAUGUGUGGAAUUUGGACGGCACGGGGGGCGAUGGCCGCGGGAAGCUGUUGUCGACUCAAUACUUUGAUGACGGCCAGUGUUACCAAGUCGACGAUGUUAGCCCUAUAUCCGUUGACCGACAAAAGGAAUUUCCGCGCAAGCCGGAGGCCGGGUCGGUUGAGGGUGCCAAUCUUUGGUGUCAGACCGAUAUUGCCGUGCCCAAGGACGUGCCGAGUAAGUCGACCUACACGCUUUAUUGGGUCUGGGAUUGGCCGACCUUGAAGACGGACAAUACCACGUACAUGCCGGAGGUGUAUACGACGUGCAUCGAUCUCAAUAUCAUCGACCCUCAAGACUCCUCCUCUACCGGGAGCAACCAAGCGAAUGCGGCGAAUGUGGCAUUUGCGGAAGUCACCAACUACGGCGAUGCAGCCAUUCGGAGCAUAUUCGAAAACGUGAAGACUCAGGGGACUCAGACAGUCCCGUCUCAGUCAUCGACGGGUGCUUCGUCGGCUACAGCCGCAGCAGGAUCGCCCAUUGUCUCGACCACGUCACCAACAGCCGGAGGAGAUCAAUCGCUGCAGACGCAUGGCAAUUCCAGCUGCGGCACACCAACGACAGUCACGGUGGGUGGAACUACCGUGACGACAACAAUAUCUCUGGCCCCGACAGCUACUACCACAGUCACAGUGACAACAACCUCAUUCCCAAGUUCCCAGCCGACAAUGAUGCGUCGUAGGCGGGAUCUCGCAGCGUAG